AUGAAGAAGCUCGACAGAGAGGACCUACUGGAAGACAAUGGCUUUCACCAAAGAUUUCAUGAUCAGCAAUACACGUGGUGCCCUGCGGUGUUCGAUGUCGGCAUGGGCCAGCACUUUUCUGAGCAGGUCCUUCCCCUGCACCGAAAAGACAAGAUCGAGCCAUAUAGGGAUGACUACGUACGUUCACAGAACAACUCAACCCUGUGGGAGGUUCAGAUCCCCAGGGAGCUGGUAUCUCCUACCCUCCAGGGAAAGCUGGCACCUGCCACGAUCCAUGAAAAGCAUUGUCGCUGUGUACUCAAGCAAUACCCCGCCUCCAAGUACAAUUUAUUCUCGAACGACCGAAGAAUGGCUGAAGCACUCGGGAUGAAAGACCCAAGCCAGAUAACGGACGGUGUCGUACGACACUUCGGCUGGUAUCAGGCUGUCGACAGGUCAGAUGAUAACAAUCUCGAAGAAGUAUUCGUUAUCGUGAUGGAGUGGGGUGAGAUGGACUUCUAUACAGUCAUCCGCACGAUGUCCCCUCCCACUACACCGGCCGAAGUGAAGCGGUUCUGGGAGAAGAUGUGUCACGUGGCAUGUGCCUUGAAUGGGGUUCAUCAGUUGAUUCGACGAGACCUAACCUAUAACAUGUGCCAUGGUGACGUAAAGCUAGAGAACAUUCUACUGGUGGACGGCUCUUUCAAGCUCGCCGACUCUGCUGAAGCCAGGAUCGAAGUGUCUACUUCAUCGAACAACCCUCACACAAGUAUGCCUGGUGGCACAAAGACACACGCUUCACCAGAGAAGAGCCGGCAGAUGAGCAGCGACGGCGCCAGCGACCUCAGAGUGCCUCUGAACAGCGACGUAUGGUCGCUAGGAUGCGUGUUCUCCAUCGCCGCAACGUUCGUGAUACUCGGUGCGCAAGGGGUACUUCAAUACGACCGCCUCCGCUUGGUGACGCACCAUAUCCGUACCGAAUCUGAAAGCGACGUGUUCCAUGAUGGCAACGAAGUCCUGCCAGAAAUACUGGCUUGGCAUGAUUACCUGUGUGCCUUGAGACGCGAAAACGAUACGCUUACACCUGCGAUUCUCAAACUGGUGAGCACGCAUAUGCUCGUAGGAGACAGCAAUGUCAGAGCAGAAGCGGCUGGAGUGAUCAAGUUGAUGACCGAAACUAUAGGCAAAUUCAUCGACAAGUGUCCAGGGUUGCCUUUUGAAAUCAAUGUAUUUCUUGAAGCUCUUGAGCAACAAGUCCGUUCCGAGCGGCAUCUCCAGCUCGGUAGCGACGGCGACACUGAUUUGGAGGAAGACCCCGGAGACAGCUCUGCUUUGCAAUCAUCAAACUUGCAGAGACCGUUCAAAAGCACCCAGAGACUUCUUUCACAACCGAUAUUGCCUACCAUUCAACGCAAGGAGCUAGAUCAGUAUGAAAGUACUGCAGUCCCCUCAUCGGAUAGGCACCUGAAGCGUCCAACAGCGGCGCUGUCUGCCCCCGACUCUCUGUUUCUCACAGAGAACGGACGCGUGUCUGACAUGUGGAAGGUCAGAAAAGAGCUGGAAGCCCUUCAAAAGGACACGAGUCUGUCAGGGCUGCGAAGCAAGUUGGGGUUUCUGGGUCAUCGAAAGGGGAAGUCGGUCAAAGAGGAAAAACAACGGUCCAAACGAGAUGAAUUGGAGGACUUUUACAAUGGCCGAGACAUAGUAUUCCUCGUGGACAACGGACCCACAAUGCUGACGUAUUGGAAACUUGCCACGAACUUGGUUGAAGUCCUAGCCUGGUGUGCACUAGGCUGUGACGACGAUGGAAUGGAGCUGUACUCCACCAACCCGGAAAGCAAGGCUCAGGUCAAACAGAAGAAGAAUCAGGAGGUAGGACAGUUCGUCAAAGCUAUGAACAGUGGAAAGCCAAGCUUGAAUGCACCGCAACCCAAGACAACAAUUAUACCCGCCCUUCGACGCAUCCUGACGAGUUACGAAGAAGCUUCCCAGCCGAAGAACAAGACCAUCAUCGUAUUGACGGAUGGCGUCUGGGAAGAUAUCAUCGAGGAUGGGGUUGACACGGAAAGACUCUCGCAAUCCCGCCCUAUGACCUUCCAAUUCAUUCGAUUCGAUCACGAUCCCGUCGGAAUGGAGCGACUAAGGCGCCUUGAUGAUGACAUGAUAGCGCAGGGCUACCCAGACCUAGUCGACACCGAACCUGCUGCUGGGGACAUCUAUAAGAUGUUCCUGGGCAGCCUUUCUGACGCUAUGGAUCAAUCCAAGAAUAUCGUGAACAGCGCUUCGCGAUACUCCUAUCACCCAUCGCUGUCUCCGGGGUCUCCCUCCCAUCCGCUUAGUCCCAUCCAUUCGUUCUCCGCGACGCUCGGCACUACGGCCAACGAAUAG